GUUAAUUCAAUGUUAUUUUGUUAAAUCUAUUGAGAUGAUUGAUUUUCUCAAAUUAUUCACUAAAAUUGAGUAAAAUGAGUAAAAAAUAUGUUUAGGGAUGUCUUGGUGCAGGAUAGUGCCAGGAAUCCGCACGAUUCCGGCGAUGUUGACUUGGAAAAUAACACAUUCGAAACCUUAACACUAAACCUCACUCAGAACAUAAAAAAUAAAUUAAUUAACACUGAAGAUAUAAAAAAUAAGUUAAUUUAUGAGAUAAAUAAAGAUUGUAUCCCUUUGGGGUGUAAAAAUGCGAGAUUAAAUGGUAUUAAGCCUGAGGAAUCAGUUGAAUAUUUGAAAAACCCACACGAAGAAAUUUACUUCGAAAGGUGUGUUAAUUGCCUGAAACUGCUCAAAGCAGAAGAAAAAAACGGGGAAUUAACACGUAACACUGUUGAACAGUGCAAUAAUUCAACAAAUUCAGUUGAAAAUAAUCAAACUGUUGACUCACUCGGGCCUGAUUUCUGGUCUGAUUACCACAAAUCACUCAAAAAUUCAAUCAAUCAACAGAAACUCCAAUUGGGAGAUUUGAUAUCGGAGUGUUGUUACAAAGUUGACACGAAAACACUUUGUGCAAAGUGUAAAUACAAUCACAUCAAGCAUUGCAUUGAUCUUUCCAACUGUGAAAACACUGAGGAAACUGAUGAAAACUGUUUGGACAUAACAGUGUCACAUGCUAAGUCAAGAAAGGUAAUAGACUCGUUUACGGUAAAUUUAACACCAGAGACUAAUAACAAAUCCAUUACGAAGUUUGUUAAUAAUAUUAAAAUUUCCGUUCAAUCGAAUCUCGACGGCACUAUGAACUAUUAUAACCUCACCAAUACCCCAAAUACCCCAAGUAACCACCGAGUUAACAGUGUCCAGAGUGACGAGUUUGAAGGCCCGGAGGGCCUUGAAAUUGGUAGUACCAACUCCUACUCAAUGAAUAACACAUCAAACUUCAAUCUCAACAAUUAUUACACAGAUGAUCAAGACACCGAGAGCACUCCUGAGACCACUCCUGACCCUCAGGACACUGAAUUACCUGAGGUAGAUACUGAAGUGUGUAGAUUAAUAGACUUGGGAAUAAAGUUGCAUGCGUUUAAGAUAAAUAAUAGAGGUGUAAAUUUGCCGUUAUUUUUGAAUAUUGGAAACCCUGAGAGUAUAUAUUCAGGCCAGGGUUUUGUAACUGGGGAUAGUAUUGGCCUGUUUAAAAUCGCCGUAGUUGAGGCCUUUGAGCCUAAAAAAUCACUCCUAGACACUGUACGGAAUGCCAUACCAUUUGAUCUCAGUCACUCAAAUUGCCCCUGUAAAUGUUCCAAUCACAACUCCUGCAAACCCUUCACUACCGCAACUAUUAUUCACCACUACAAUACUGAUCACAGUAGUAAUGGUUUAAACAAGGUGAACGAGGAUGGAAUGGGUAUAUUUAAUAGUAUUUUGAAGAGUAUAGUGAGGUUUACGGGGUUUCCACUACUAAACCCUGGGACCUCCAACACUACCCCUGUACCCAACAUGACCUAUGUAAGGGAAAAUGUAUGUUUGUUUCAUAGAAACUUGUUGACUGAAGUGGAUAGAAAGAGAUUUGGUAAGGAUAUUUACUGUCGGAUGAAGUAUUUUGGUAGUGUGAGUGCUGAUAAGCCUGUGCGGGUUUUGGACCAUUCACCUGCUGGUUCAAGGGUUUCCUCCUUUUUUAACGGCUACUAUCAGCAGCUGUUAUGUGUUUCAGGCGAGGAUAAACCUGAAGACUGUGACCAUUUAAAGCAUAAAUACACUUUUAUUAUCCGGUGUCUCAAGGGGAAACGCUAUGGUAGGAAUUUUACCAUCCUCAACACCACCAGCGGUGAGCAUUUAUGCCUCGAUUUACUCACUCAUGAGCUCAGAUUUGCCAGAGAAGAUAAAUUCAGUAAACACUUCGUUCCAGCAAUUUUUAAGAUUUUACCACUAAAAACUGUAGUGGCAGGGGUAAUAACAGAUGCGUUCAACUGUUAUUACACUUACUACAGAGUUGUGUCACCCGCAGGGAAAGGGUUUGUGACGGAUAAAGUUGCAGAUGAAGUAGUUGAGAGAGAAGUUAAGUUUGAUGAGGAGUGUGAAUCUGAGGUUAAGAGAGAGCCGUUGUGUCCCAACAGCAUGUCAACAACAGAUCAAUACAUUAAUAUUUCAGCUUAA